UACUCUCACAAAAUUAGACCACUCAACAAACACAAACACACAUCAUUCAUCGAAAUCUCAGUUAAAAUUCGAAGAAACUUGAAUUCGACCACAUUUGCACCAUUUGCGACCAAGCACACUUAUGGCUCAUGGAGGAUAUACCUGGCGUCAGCCGCCGUAUCCUAGCGAUGAUAGCGACAAGCGCUGGAUUGAGCCAAGUAUGAUUAUUUUGGGCCAGGAUGGGAACGUGGACGCCACAAUCGAACCGCUCAUGCGUACGCUGUACGAGCCCAUCGGCUUGGGACUGAUUGCUGCCAUUUUUGUGCACGAGACGUUGAGGGAACAACUAAUUGAGAAGGUGCGCAAUGGCAUGACGGUGAUGCAUCGCCAGGUGAAAAGUCACGACCUCUACGCUAGGGCAUUGCGUCGCAUUGAGUGUUUGGGCGCCGAACUGGUGUCCAUGAUGCAACCCGACGACAUUGGCCUCAAGUACACAAUGGUUGAGGGUUCGCCUAUCGUUGUUUGCGAUUUCAAUCAGAGCUACUUCAGUGUCGACCACCCCAGCACCGUGGUGACCCUGCACACAUUUCGCCACACUCAGGAGCUGGCUGAGCUGGCCGCCAAGGAGAAGCUGCCAUUUGUGAGCGCUGCCAUCUGGUCCCCCAAAAUGGCGGCGGCCUACGAGAUGGCUUUGCUGCUCCACGUGCCCGUCGUCUACAUUAACUGCGAGGGCGUCUCCUUGGCCCCCAUUGUCACACAGCAUCAGAGGCAUCUGCCGUGUGCACUGCUCCAUGGCGAUCAUCACUAUGAGGUACUGAUACAGGAAGGUCGUCCCAAGGCCAUAGUGUUUCCGGCACCAACACAACUGCACCCAGUAGUUGAACAGACCACACGACCCAGAUAAAGGCCCGGUUCCCAUUUACUUUGUAUUUGUUUAUUAAGAUAUUGUAGAGUUAAAAACCUUGGAAACAAAUCAGUGAAAUUCAUUCUUCAUCAAGAAUGUUACGAAAUAUAUGUACAAUAUUUGAAUAUA